UCUCCAUUGCCAGAAAUAAACGUGAACAAUUUUCCAUUUUUAUAAUGUGGAAUGGUGUUUUAAGCAACUCUGGCAAUGCAUGCAUGCUUGAAUUUGCAGUACAAACGAUUGGACAGAGAUGAUAAUGUAAAGGACGAGGCAUAGGUAGUGUGUUUGCAACAAGCUGUCCUGUUUUGACCAACAGAGAAUGUUGCUUUUCAAAGUUUCGUUGCGAAUAUCGUCCCUCAGUGUCUUGUGAAGACAUCAGCGACACUGAAAACUCGCUGAAUUGCGUACGGAAAUGGUUAUUGUCAAUUAACCUCAUUCAUCUUAGCAGCCUUCCCAACUAGACAAUGCCACAUUGAAUGCAGAAAAAACAUCAGGCGGGACAACACCUUAUGCACAGCCCUCGAAAACUCUCCCCAAAACAGCACCAGAGCCUGCGAAUGGGUCUCUAUAAGUGAUGAAUGCCGCUUCCUGAUCCGCGAGCCAGAGGUGGAUCCUGGGCAGCCGCCACGGAGGAGGGCUCAACAAAAUAUGCAGAAGAAAAGGGGGAGCUCACUGCAUACUACGCGGCCGUGCUGCCAAGCCUACACUUCGACUUGCCGAGCCAGCGCGUCGCCGGAGAGACAAAGUCAGCGCUGCAGAUGCUGCGCUCCUCAUUCCCGUCGGACAAGUUCUUGGCCGGCUUUCCAGCUAUCGCCAUGAGGCACCAGCUCUACGCCAUGGUCCAGAACAGAGUAGACGUCGACAACGCGUUGACAGAGAUGACGGACCGUGGCGAGGUACGGAUCUUCCAGUUGGGUCCGCACGAAACAGAUGCAGCAGUGCUGUUUACAGAGGACUACCUCAUUUAUGUGCGGCAGCGGAGUGGACAAAAUCCCGCAGUAGAGAAGUUCCUGGAAAAGGUUGUCAUGCGAUCCCAGAACAUCAGCUGCAGCCACACUUCUUUGGCCAUGGAGUACAGUCUGUGCGAUAACGAAAUCAGUGAACUGGAGCACUUGGGACUGCUGGUGCCACAUGGAAUUGGCAGCGAUGGAUACCACUGGUGGCUCGGCGUUCCUGGCGCAGUCUGCUUCCUGAGGACACUCGCCCGCGGCCGCGUUGCCCUCCUCCAGAUGCUCCGAAGGUCCAAGUACCAAGAGCUGUCACGUGCCGAACUGGAAAGUCAGCGGUUACCCCGUGGGACCAAGCUCGGUAUUGGGCAUUUCAUCUACGAUGCCAUAGGGGCCAACCUCGUGACUUGCGUGAAGACAACGUCUGGGGAUGUGCUCAGGCUGAGGGAGUGAGGCGGAGAAGCCAUGUACAUAGUGCGACUGUGAACGCGUGUUUGUGCUUGUGUGUGUGUGUGCGUGCGUGUGUGUGUGUGCGUGCGUGUGUGUGUGUGUGGGCGUGCGUGCGUGCGUGCGUGCGUGCGUGCGUGUGUGUGUGUGUGUGUGUGUGUGUGUGUGUGUGUGUGUGUGUGUGUGUGUGUGUGUGUGUGUGUGUGUGUGUGUGUGUGUGUGCGUGUGUGUGUGUGUGUGUGUGUGUGUGUGUGUGUGUGUGUGUGUGUGUGUGUGUGUGUGUGUGUGUUCUAUGCUUCCAACUAUACUAUACUCCCAACUAACGGUGCAGUUCUAUCGCUCCCAAUCGCCACGGUGUCAGAGGACGACUGGAAGUCUUCUAGGAAUUUAAUCCUGCCAUAAAAAAAACCUUCCA